ACAGAUAUCGAAUAUCGAAUAUUGAAUUCAAAUUCAAAUCCAAACCUGUAUCAAACUCAACUUGAACCCUACCAGAUAUUCAACAUUCUUCUCUUCUAUCACAUAUCAAAACAAGAAACUGCCAUCAUGUGCAAAUGGGACAUUUUCCUCUUCAAUUGCAACUGCUUCACACUUGGUCUCAAAGAACACUGCCACCAACACCGUCUCAAGCACAUUGCCAACUGCAACGAGGUGCAGCAAGUUCGUGAGGCGUGGGUGUACCGUCAGAAUAAAGUAUGCCAGAAUCAUGCAGGACAAGAGGAAACUUUUGCCAAUGGACCGACUGUUCCGUGGAGUGAGCUUGAGUCAAAAGUUUAUCAGCUAGCCAAGGAAUAUGCCGCUAAAGGUGAUUUCCCUGGGAGACCGUAGUUUCGGAUAAGGAGUUGAUAUCCGUCUAUAUUGUUAGUUGGCUAGGAGGAACCUGACUUUGAACGAUGUUGUUAUGGGCUUGAUGUAUCUUUGUUUUGAUAGCUGCUUCAAAACCGCUCCAUUAGAAUAUUAAGCUAUGUG